CCAGUUCCAUGCCAUUCCAAGACAUAGAGAAACCGUCUCAUAAACUAAUCCAAAUUCGCCUCUCAUAUAUCAGAAACAUGGCGGUCCGGUGCACGAUGCUGGUGAUAGUUUUCGGGCUUUUCUGCUUUUUGGCUGAAUCAACUUCCGAAGAUGUUGUGAGUUCUAUGGGAAAGAUAACAAGGAUCAAUAAUGCUGGACCAUACUUGGGCAUAGUAUCGCCCAACGCCUACGAAUUGAGCCCUCUUCUUCAAUCUUCCAGCUUUUCUAACGAUACGACCCUCCCUUACUUGGAUAUUGCAGGAAGAAGAUUUCGAUUUGGGAAAGUGCAUAAUGAAAAAGUUAUAAUCGUUAUGACAGGGCUGAGCAUGCUUAAUGCAGGAAUAGCCACGCAGCUGUUGGUAACUCUAUUUAAGGUCAAGGGGGUUUUGCAUUAUGGAAUUGCUGGAAAUGCCAAUUCUCAGCUCGAGAUUGGAGAUGUGGCCAUCCCCAAAUCCUGGGCCCACACCGGCCUUUGGAAUUGGCAGAGGUAUGGAGAUGGGCCUGACGACGAGCUUGCUUUGGAGUCCAGUGGAGACUACACGAGAAAAGUGGGCUAUCUCAAGAUCUCAAAUUACACUGUCAGUGAGACAGGAAACGCCAUAACUGAUGCCAACAAUCUCCUAAACAAUGUCUGGUUCCAGCCGGAAGAGAUAUUUCCAGUCGACGGAGUUCCCGAAGUGAGGCAGCACGCUUUCUGGGUUGAGGUCGACCAGCAUUAUUUCGACAUUUCCACAAAGUUACUGAACAUGACGUUGGAAGGAUGUGUGAACUCUACUACUUGCUUGCCGAGGACGCCGAAGGUGUACCAAGUCGAGAGAGGGAUCAGCGCGAAUGUGUACCUAGACAACAAGGCCCACAGGGAGUUUAUGAGGUCCAAGUUCAAUGCGACUCCCGUGGACAUGGAGAGCGCCGCGGUUGCCCUGAUCUGCCGCCAGCAAAAGAUUCCCUUCAUCACGUUCAGGGCGCUGUCCGACUUAGCCGGUGGUGGCUCUGCCCUGUCUAAUGAAGUCGAUACUUACGUAACCUUGGCUGCCCAGAAUUCGGUCGCUGUCUUGACCAAGUUCAUUUCCUUGAUUGGGUCAUGAUAUUGAUUGUUGGACUCCCAUGCUGUAUGUCAUUUUCCUGUACAACCAGUCUCAUCGAAAUAAGUCUCUCCCGUCCCAAGGCUCGAUUGACCCAUCCGGGACGGGCUUCAGGGGCAUCAGAUGCAGCGGCCAGCCAAAUACAAUAAAUAAACAAUUAUGUUUCUAGUUUCGCUCAUUCUAAAUUUCGACUUUC